AUGGAGCAGAUUAUCCUCCUGUGUGUGCUUUCCACUUGUCUCUCUGCUGUGCAGGCUCAGAAAUUUUUGCUGACCCCCAAAUGGAUUCCCAGUGGCUUUAAAGAACUUGAAGGACACAACGAAGGAGCCGCAAUGGAUAAAAUCAUCAAAGUUAAUGAGCUUCGUGGUUCCCAAAUCAUAGACGGAACUACCACUCUCAGAGAGGGGGACAUUGCUGUUUCCUCUGGAAGGCGCUCUAAAGUCUGCUUUGCUCGGAGCUGCCUCUGGUCUAAAUCAGUGGACGGACAUGUCUAUAUUGCAUACACACUUUCAUCUCAAUACUCUGAUAUUGACACAAAGCUGAUAAAGAAUGGAAUGGACAACAUAGAGGACGGAACCUGUGUGCGAUUUGUUCCUCGAACUCACCAGAGAGACUUCAUCGACAUCCAACCAAAGUCCGGAUGCUGGUCCUACCUUGGUUCUCGUGGUGGAAAACAAACUCUAUCUCUCCAGAACCCGGACUGCAUGCAGGAAGGAGUGAUUACCCAUGAAUUCAUGCAUGCCCUGGGCUUUGUGCACGAGCAGUCCCGCUUUGACCGGGACAACUACAUCACCGUCAUGUGGCCAAACAUUUGGAGAGAUCGCCUGAGGAACUUUGAGAAGUUCAGGACCGACAAUUUGGACCUACCGUAUGAUUAUAGCUCAAUCAUGCACUUUGGGAUGUAUGCCUACUCUAUGGCUGGGGAGCCAACACUCAUCCCGAAAAACAGCAGGAAGAUAAAGCUCGGACAGGCAUCAAGUCUCAGUCACAUCGACAAACUGAAAAUCAACAGACUUUAUCAGUGUGGUUGGUACCAAACGUCCUCAACCCACUUCCAGAAAAUUCAACUGGAGUACAUGAGGGCAAAGCAAGAUGAAAUUUCAGACCGUGAUGAAAUGACCACAAUGGAUCAAAUCCUGGACGUCAACAAAAGACUGCGAGCUCCCAGAGGACUGUCAAUAAGAGAAGGGGAUAUUGCCUAUUCAUAUGUACGGAGUGCCAUAAACUGUCCAGGGAAUGCCUGUAUGUGGCCUAAAUCAAUCGAUGGAUUUGUUUAUGUUCCCUUCAUCCUUUCUCCACUUUAUGAUGACAUGGAUAGAAUCACCAUAGAAACUGGGAUGCAGGACAUUUCUGCUGGAACGUGCAUUAAAUUUGUUCCCCGCACUCAUGAGGCCAAUUUCCUUGAUAUUCAGCCUAGAUAUGGCUGCUGGUCAUUUCUUGGUCAGACUGGAGGAAGCCAGACCCUGUCACUGCAGACUCCGGGGUGCAUGUGGUCAGGAAUUGCUGCUCACGAGUUCAUGCACGCGCUCGGCUUUGUGCACGAGCAGUCCCGCUCUGAUCGAGACCACUACGUCUCAAUCGUGUGGAAAAACAUAAUGCCAGACCACAUUCACAACUUCAGAAAACAGGUGACAAACAACCUCAACAGUCCCUAUGACUACAAUUCUAUCAUGCAUUAUGGACGAUAUGCCUUCUCUGAAGAUGGUGGACCUACAAUAAUCCCCAAACCAGAUCCUUAUAUUCCCAUUGGCCAGCGCGACGGACCUAGUGCCCUGGAUCUUCAUAAAAUAAAUGUCUUAUACGACUGU